AUGCUGGUGGAGUCUCGGGCGCGUGAGACUCAGCAGAAGGAUUCCCGGGAGCAGGCGCUGAAGAAGGAUGCGGAGAAGCUGCGAGCUGCGGAAAGGGACCUGGAGGCCAAAAAAGCGGAGCUGCAGCAGCGCGAGACGGACUUCGAGCUCGCCACCCAGGCCAGAAAGGCAGAGCUGCAGAAGCGAGAGACGGAGUUGGAGCGCAGAGUGCAGGACAAGGAGCAGGAGUUGCAGAAGAGAGCCCUGCAGCAGCGUGCACACGAGCAGGAGCUGCAAAAGAGGGAGCGGGCUGUGGCAGAGCAAGAGAGGGACCUGGAGAGCCGGAGACAUCCGGCACCGGCAGCCGGAACCCCCGGAACCCAAAAGCGCACCCAGGAAGCAAAGCCAGGGAGGGAGAUGCAGGCUGUUUCUUCGCAACCGGCGACUCCAGAAGUCCCUCCAGCUCAGGUGAAGCGGAGGAAGCGUGCACCGUCCGGCUUCAAGAGCCAGGAUGAGGCGAGGUGGACCUGGUAUCAGCAUUCCAAAGACAAGCUUUCGAGGAGUGGGGCGACAGCGCAACAACUGGCGGCGUCGGAGACAUCGCGCGAAGCGCGUGAAGCCAAGGUUCGAAGGGUUCUGCCGCGAGACGCUGGCCUUCAGCACUUCGCUUCCAGUACAGGGGAGGCAGAGCAAGCUGCCGCCCCGGCCCAAGCGAACCAUGCCACCUUGGACCUCCACGAGUGGCUGGAUGCAGUGUCUAAAGGUCUUGAUCCGGAGGUUGAGCAGACAAAGCGUGUUCACCAUAUUCAGGAGAGCACAGGGGGCAACCAGAUCGGCGAGGGCGGCGAGGAAGUCUCCGAACCUGAUGCGGAUGCGCCCGAAGAGAUCGACUGGAGCUGCGACGAGGUAGAGGAAGGUGAGGCGCUGCCCACCCGAGCGCCCGACCUUGCACCCUCCCCACCUUCUCCAGCCCCUUCCCAGGUGCAGCCUCCCAUGCCGGGUCCCAAGCAGGCCGAGGUCCGAGAGACCUCGCCUCUUCCACACACCGGCAGUGCCGCAUGCACCGAUGCGUCCGACGUGCCUGCGCAGGAGCCCACGGAGGAGUUCGCGGAUGCGGCUGCGACGGAGGCGCAGGAAGCGCCGGAGGCUGCGAUGACGGCUCGGCAGAAGAAGCGCGAGUGGUUCCAGCAGAAGUUCCCAACGCUCUCUGGCAAGGGCACCUCGAAGGGGGCCCCUGUGAAGGCAGCGUCGGCACCCGCGGAGCGCAAACCUCCGCUGCCCAGGUUGGGUCGGCUCAGGCCGCCUCCCGCGCGCAGGCUGAUUCCGAAGGAGGAGUGGGCAUACCAACCUUUGCCUACCCGAAGAGUGGCCCAGGCUUUCUCCAACAUGCUUCUCAAAGAGCUGGCGCGGCUAAACCAGCUGCCAGAUGUCAACAGCCUGCUGCCGCCCUUGUAA